AUGCUGAAUUGUGCGUCAGAGGACUUGGACCCCAUCUGCGUCCCAAACUCGGGAAAGUAUCCCGCUUCCGACACGCCCAACCAUGCCUGUCCGUCCACCGACGAGCUACCGAAUGGCCUGGCCAGCUUCAUCGACAAGAUUUUCGACUCUCGGGCUGCAUUCACUUGA